AUGCCAUUACCAUUAAAAUACGGGGAGCGCCGACGCCAAAAACAAUAUCUACUAAAUAUGCUAAUCGGAAGUACGUCAGGAGUUGUGCGGAGUCGCCCGAAGUUGCUCCUCGACCCGUCGGGAGACGUGCUUAUUCAGGAGGCCCUGCCGCUUUGUUUCCUGUCCCCGGGGAACGAAAUAUUUACCCGCUUUAAAAUAAAACCGCCUUUUGAUCUUUUCGUUCUUCGCGACGAAUUCCGCCUGGAGCCGCAGAGUUCCAGGAUAGCGGCUGGAGAAGACAUCGUUUUGGAAUGUUCCCCGCCCAAAGGCGUCCCGGAACCGCACGUCUUCUGGAAGAAAGACGGCCAGACUUUAGCGGUUGAAGGACGAUUCAAACUCGUCGAUGGCUACAAUCUAGCCGUUACCGAUACAAAAACCUCGGACGAUGGAAAGUACCAAUGCGUGGCGAAAAAUACAGCAGGAGUGCGAGAAUCCUCUGCCGCCGUACUGAAAGUUUACGUGAAACCAUUCAUGAUACGACCACCGGAGGAUGUAACAGCAGUGGUGGGUUCCACUGUGGAGUUCUCCUGCGCCACCGGUGGUGAUCCCAUUCCCGACGUGCUGUGGCGGCGAACAGCACCAGGAGGUACCAUGCCCUUAGGCAGAGUGCGCGUGCUGGAAGACCGCACGUUAAGGCUAGAACAAGUAGUACUGCUGGAUCAAGGCAGGUACUUCUGCGACGCGGACAACUUCGCCGGCGCCAUCACCGCCUCCGCGUUGCUGAUAGUCCACGCGCCGCCAACGUUCACCACGAAGCCCCAGUCGCAGGCCGUCGAGGCGGGUCGCGACGUCACCCUUCACUGCAACGUGAAGGGCAGCCCGCCGCCCUUCGUGUUUUGGACGUUCGAAGGCGACAGGGCGCUGGUGUACGCCGGCAGCACCUUCGGCAACUACGAGGCGUUCACCACCACCGAGGGAUUCUCCACGUUGGUCUUGAAGGAAGCCCAAGUGCAGGACUCCGGCACUGUGAUCAUCUGCUCGGCUAUCAACGACGCCGGAUCGGUGUCGUCGAGGACGAGGCUCACGGUUACGUCGAAGGAAGACAGACCUCCUCCGUAUAUUCUGGGCGGGCCCGUCAACCAAACGCUUCCGAUAGACUCGGUGGCGUAUAUGUCUUGCGAGGCCGAAGGCGAUCCGAAGCCGGUGAUAUCCUGGUACAAAGACGGCGUGCCGGUUUCGUCUUCUCACAGGAUAAACAUGUCGAACCCCAACCAUUUGGAGAUACUCAAUCUGCAGAAAGACGAUUCGGGUACCUACACCUGCGUGGCAUCAUCCCGAAGCGGAAAGGCGUCGUGGUCGGGGCAUUUGUUGGUAGAAAACCCCAAGAAUCCUAACAUAAAUUUCUUCAAAGCACCUGAAGUCGUCAUGCUACCAGGUCCUCCUAGCAGACCUCACGCCCUCAACCAAUCUGAAGGAAGCGUCACGAUUACUUGGGGACAAAACAACAAAAUCGGCUCUUCAAGCCUGCUGGGCUACCAAGUCGAGCUCUUCGGCAAAGAAGAAGGCGUCACGCCCAUUUGGACGAUAGUAGGUCGAAGAGUGACGGGUCCCACGUUCACGCAGCACCUUCUUACCGCUGGAAUUCCCUACAUAUUUUUAAUCAGAGCGGAGAACGCCCACGGUCUGGGCCCUCCGUCGCAACUGAGCGAGCCGAUCGUGGUGGGGCCGGACUCGGCGCAGAACUGGGGAAACCCGGAGGUGACCGAGCUGAGCGAAGCUCGAGCCAACUUGAUCAUGCCUAACAUAGCGAAAUUAACGGAAGCGAUACCGUUAACGUCGACUUCUAUAAAGAUUGUUUGGGAGAUUAGCGAUUCGACGUACGUCGAAGGUUUAUACAUUUAUUACUUAGCUUUAGACGAUAACGAAGAGCGGCCUAAGACGUAUAGUAUGCUGACUGUGCUGCAUACCGGAGGCGCGUCCAGCUUUACGGUUAACAAUCUGGAAAAAUGGGCCAAGUACGAAUUUUUCCUGGUGCCUUUUUUCAAGACUGUCGAAGGACAUCCGUCGAAUUCCAAAACGAUUCGAACCCUCGAAGACGUUCCUGUCGAAGCUCCAUCCCACAUGGAAGCGCUCCUGCUCAAUUCGACCGCCGUCUACUUGAAAUGGAAACCUCCUCCGCCGGUCACACUGAACGGGGAACUCCAAGGCUACAAAGUAGAGGUCAGAACAAACGGCACCACUCAAACCAAAGUCAUCACAGUCAACAAGAAAUCCGCCAGCCUCUUACUGGGCAGCCUGUCCCCGGGAAUCUCCUACUUCGUGAGAGUCGCCGCCUCCACGAGAAUCGGCUUGGGGCCGUUCAAUCCGCCCGCCACGCUAAGACUCGAGCCCACUUCCAGGUUAUCCGACAACAACUACCAAAGACCGAUUGGUGCGGAUAUGCGCUCCGGGGACUUCAUAACAGAGACUUGGUUCAUGGUGCUCCUCAUCAGCAUGGUGACUGUUAUGAUACUGCUCUUCGGCGGUAUGAUAGUCGUGCGCAGGAGGCAAAUGAUGUCGAAGAAGAGCCUGACUCCCAGUCGAUCUAAUGGAGGUGUUUUAACGACGCCUAUGGAUGUUAAACACGAAGCCCCUCUGUGGCUGGAUAAAGACAAUCUACCGGAUUACACCACCAGCACCUUACCCGAGUACUCCAAGCUAACACCCGGCGCGCACAAGAGGAAAGAAUUCGUUUACAACGCAGCUGUAUCUAAUGGUAUUAACCCGUACGGUAGCGUGAAUCUCCGAUCGAAUCCGUUGAACCACACCGAGUUUUCUCGACCGGACAACUUGCAGUACAGCUCCGAGAAGUACUACCCGGUGUCCGGGCGCAAGUUCGACGAUUUCCUGAACAUGCAAGUGCAGGAAUACGCCAGCCCCAACGUGGAAUCCAAAGUGGCCGAUUACGCCGAGGUUAACGCCAAUUUGCCGGCGAAUAAAGACGGCGGGUCCAUUUCUCCGGCUCCGUACGCCACCACCACGCUGGUGGCUUCGGGAAAACGAAUGCAAUGGAAUAACUUUAACUCGGACGCGGAUGAUGAAUGCCCCUAUCCAUCGGCCAAUGGGGGAUACUACAACAGGAAAGUUUACUCGGAUUCGUAUUUCUCCCCUAUGCAGACUCUGAGACGGAACAGAAACGGUAAAAAAAUGCAGCCGAAUCCUCCUGAUAUUGUUUCACCUUCCAGCUCCACAGGCCAGCCGGUGUACGCCCGCGUGGGGCCGCCGGGGCUGUCUUGGAGGAGCGAGGCGCCGUCUAUGAGCAGCUUCACGCCGCACAAGCAAGUCUACCAUCACGGUUCGAGUCGAUCCGAGCCGGCGAAUAUGUAAUUGUUUAGAGAUUUACGGUUGAAUGUUGUUGUCCCGAAGGAAGGAAACGUCGUCCCGGUGUCGCCUAGUUUACAUAUUUUCGUACUACUGGUGUAUUCGCGUAAAUGUAAAUCAUAUCUAAUCGUAUUGGUGGUGAAGAUUUCUUUGUUCGAUUCGUUUGUGGUGGAUUAUUCCGGGCUUAAUGCAGAUGUAGAGUGAAUAAUCUGCGUUACCUUACUUGUAUGAAAAUAAUACCUCACGAAAAUUGUUUGAAUUCGAUUUUCGAUUAAUUGCUAGUUAUAACGGAUUAAUUUUUUAUUUGAUAGUUUUUAGAAGUGUUUCUUGCCUUAAAUUGUGUUAAGGCGAGGAAUGCUCGUUAUACGAAAGUGUUAUAUAAAGACUGAAUUAUUAAACAAAUUCCUGCUCUGGCGAUCGAAUUAACCGGGAAAAAUACUCGAAACGAAGUUGAUGUAAAUUUUCUUUUUAAACCGCCGGUUAAUUCGAUCGAACGUAGCGAUUUUCUUUAAACGUCUAGUCAUGUACUUGUUGAAGAAAACAUUGAAUAUUGUAUAAAUUAACUUGUUCGUCCAUACGCACCUUAAACGUAAGCAUUUCUAUUAGGAUAUUCUGAAAAUUCCGAAAAUAAUCUUGUAGAUACAACUAGAUACUACACUAACGAAAUUAAACGAAAUUUCGAGCGGGAAUUUUUCAUUCUUGUCGUGUUGCAGACUGUAUUAUCUCCACUACCAUUGACUUACCCAUUUUUUGAUAUUAGAAUAAAACGAGGAUUUUAAAGUGGAGAUUUUUAAAAAUGGUUCAUUGCAUGAUCGUGAAGAGAAAUUUAGUUGAGAUUGUUCGGAAUUCACUUGGAUAAUUAAUUAAUAGGUAAUUUCGAAAAUUGCAGCGUUAAAUUCGCUCGCUUUUUUUUAAUUACGAGUACUAUCAAGUCCGAUUUCUAAUAUGCAUUAUUGACGAUAGUUUGGUAUGAAUUAAAAAAGUGGUCCGAGAAUAAAGUCGUCAAUUUUUCUUCGUAAAAAUAAUGCAAAUCCAUCAAUUUAUAGUUUUCUAUAUGGUGUACAAAUAACAUAUCAAGACAGUUAUUAAUGUGAUUGUAUAAAAUACAUAUUAAGUAGUUAAUGUAUAAAAAAAGGUCUUCGAAAUACGAAAGUCAUUUUUAUUUAUAUACAGGGUGAAGUGAUUAUCUAUUUAACUAAAUGUUUCUUAACUUUUUGAAUAGAAAUAUUGAUAUUACAGGAAGACUGUAAAUUCGAAAUAAAAGUCGCCCUAAUUUAUUGGUUAUAUAACGAGGCCUAGCUUUUAAUUUAUCAACGAAAUUUUGUCCUAAAAAUCGAUUCGGAAUUAAAUUUAUGUAAAGAGAUUAGUAUAUACGAAUAUUUUAUUCACUUUUUAUACGUUCUUUUCGUCGAUAGUUGCGUUUUCGUGCCGCAUAUUUUUCCAACAAUAGUUGUUUUUGUACUAAUUAAAACUGAUUAGACUGUCUCUAUAUCGCCAUUUUUAAUGAGUAUGUAAAAAUGUAAAAUAAUAAUGAAUAGGUAUAGAUAACGCUGUACAUUUAACAGUUUAGGUUAAAGUCAACUCAUCGGUUACGAAACGUAUCGGUAACGAACACCGAUCAAUUUGGCUGAUCAAUUUGAAUUGACUCGAACCUUCCGUCUUCCUUACGUUCGAUAUUCCAUUUCCGUAGCAUGUAUGUACAUUCUCCUACGCUCUCCCAUGGUAUUUUUAUAAAAUCAUGUGCCAUCUUAAAUGUGUACCUAAUUAUUUAUGUUAUAACCCGUGAC